UCUGCAGCCUGGCAACAGAGCAAGACUCCGUCUCAAAACAACAACAACAACAAAAACAAACAAAAGACGUAAGACGUGGACUGCUGGAGAAUGGGGGUGCUGCCUGCAGUCAAAACAGAGUGGGGCUGCCCAGCUCAGGGCCAGAAUGAUCCUAUUCCCAGCACUUCUCAGUCAGGCUCUGUGGCUCAACUAAGAAACCAGCCUCCCUUGCAGGCAAUGGCCUAGCUGGCCUGGUCUCCUGGAGGCUCUCUUCAAAUAUUUACAUCCACACCCAAGAUACACUCUCAAGAAUUGACUUGCAUUAUUGCUAUGGGCCAAGUUUUCAUCUGCAGUUUAAAUCUGUUUCCCAACCUACGUUCCUAUGUCCUAGGGGUUUGGAAUUCUAGAUCGUAUUUGAAGUGUUGGUGUCACACACACACCUUAACACCUGCACGCUGGCAACAAAACCAUCCGCUCUGCAGCACAGCUGGGGCCGCCUGACCUUUCUCCUGUCCUCCCUGCUUCAGCUCAGCAGCUGGGCAGCAGGGGAUGCAUGGCCACUGGCCGGCCAGGUGCAGCUCUCAGCUGGGGUGUUCAGAGGACGCCUCUGUCCCCGCCUCCCCCAUCCCUCUGUCGCCUUUGGAGGCAGAGAACUUUGCCCGCCAGUCCCAUGGGGAAUGUCAACAGGCAGAGGCAGCGCUGCAGAGAUUUCAUCAUGGUCUCCCGAGCCCUCGGGCUCCUCUGCCUUCUGCUUGGGCUUCAGGGCUGUCUGGCUGCAGUCUUCGUAACCCAGGAGGAAGCCCAUGACGUCCUGCACAGGCAGCGGCGCGCCAACUCGUUCCUGGAGGAGCUGCGGCCGGGCUCCCUGGAGAGGGAGUGCAAGGAGGAGCAAUGCUCCUUCGAGGAGGCCCGGGAGAUCUUCAAGGACCUGGAGAGGACGAAGCUGUUCUGGAUUUCUUACAGUGAUGGGGACCAGUGUGCCUCAAAUCCGUGCCAGAAUGGGGGCUCCUGCAAGGACCAGCUCCAGUCCUAUAUCUGCUUCUGCCUCCCUUCCUUCGAGGGCCGGAACUGUGAGAAGAACAAGGACGACCAGCUGAUCUGCGUGAACGAGAACGGCGGCUGUGAGCAGUACUGCAGUGACCAUGCGGGUGCCAAGCGCUCCUGUUGGUGCCAUGAGGGGUACUCGCUGCUGGCAGACGGGGUGUCCUGCAUGCCCACAGUUGAAUAUCCAUGUGGAAAAAUACCUAUUCUGGAAAAAAGAAAUGCCAGCAAACCCCAAGGCCGAAUUGUCGGGGGCAGGGUGUGCCCCAAAGGGGAGUGUCCAUGGCAGGUCCUGUUGUUGGUGAAUGGAGCUCAGCUGUGUGGAGGGACCCUGAUAAACACCAUCUGGGUGGUCUCUGCGGCCCACUGUUUCGACAAAAUCAAGAGCUGGAGGAACUUGACCGCGGUGCUGGGCGAGCACGACCUCAGCGAGCACGAAGGGGAUGAGCAGAGCCGGCGGGUGGCGCAGGUCAUCAUCCCCAGCACGUAUGUCCUGGGCGCCACCAACCACGACAUCGCGCUGCUCCGCCUGCAGCGGCCCGUGGUCCUCACUGACCAUGUGGUGCCCCUCUGCCUGCCCGAACGGACGUUCUCCGAGAGGACGCUGGCCUUCGUGCGCUUCUCGUUGGUCAGCGGCUGGGGUCAGCUGCUGGACCGUGGUGCCACAGCCCUGGAGCUCAUGGCCCUCAACGUGCCCCGGCUGAUGACCCAGGACUGCCUGCAGCAGUCACGGAAGGCGGAAGCCUCCCCGAAUAUCACGGAGUACAUGUUCUGUGCCGGCUACUCGGACGGCAGCAGGGACUCCUGCAAGGGGGACAGUGGAGGCCCACACGCCACCCGCUACCGGGGCACGUGGUACCUGACAGGCAUCGUCAGCUGGGGCCAGGGCUGCGCGGCCGUGGGCCACUUCGGGGUGUACACCAGGGUCUCCCAGUACAUCGAGUGGCUGCAAAAGCUCAUGCACUCGGAGCCACGCCCAGGCAUCCUCCUGCGAGCCCCAUUUCCCUAGCCUAGCAGCCCUGCCCCCUGGAGAGAAAGCCAAGGCUGUGUAGAACUGUCCUGGCACAAAAUCCCAUCGAUUCUUCUGCAGUUCAUGGGGUAGAGGAGGGCAUGGGAGGGAGGGAGAGGUGGGGAGGGAGACAGAGACAGAAACAGAGAGACAAAGAGACAGAGAGAGACUGAGGGAGAGAUUCUGAGGACAUGGAGAGACUCAAAGAGACUCCAAGAUUCAAAGAGCUUAAUAGAGACACAGAGAAGGAAUCGAAAAGAUGAGAUGCAGAGGCAGACAGGCGCUGGACAGAGGGGCAGGGGAAUGCCGCGGCUGUCCUGGAGGCAGACAGCCCAGCUGAGCCUCCUUAUCUCUCUUCAGCCAAGCCCACCUGCCCGUGAUCUGCUGGCCUCAGGCUGCUGUUCUGCCUUCAUUGCUGGAGACACUAGAGGCAUGUACACACGUGGAUGCAUACACACACACCAAUGCACACACACAGAGAUAUGCACACACAUGGAUGCACACACAGAAGGUCACACAGAGAUAUGCAAACACACUGACACACACAGAGAUAUGCACAUACACGGAUGCAUAUACACAGAUGUGCACACACAGAUGCGUGCACACCACACCAAUGCACACACACACUAAUGCACACACACGGAUGCAGAGAGAUGCACACACACAGAUGCACACAGAUAUGCACACACAUGGAUGAGUGCACACACACCAAUGUACACACACAGAUAUGCACACACGGAUGCACGCACACCGAUGCUGACUCCAUGUGUGCUGUCCUCCAAAGGCGGUUGUUUAGCUCUCACUUUUCUCGUUCUUAUCCAUUAUCAUCUUCGUUUCAGACAAUUCAGAAGCAUCACCAUGCAUGUUGGCAAAUGCCCCAAACUCUCCCCCAAAUGUGCCGGGCUGCACAGGCCGUUCCCCACCGGCUUCCCAACUUCACAAUAAAUGGCUGCAUCUCCUCCGCACGCCUGUGGGGCCUGCCACCCACCGUGUAGCCUGUGAUUCAUUUUCAGAGCCCCCAGUGCUCAUCCUCUGAGAUGCUUUUUUCUUUCACAGUUUUCAGCAUCACUGAAAUGAACCCUCACAUGGCAGCUGUUCUUUUUAAAAACAAAAGCUCUUUGAUAGAUGUUUGAGGCUGUAGCUCCCAGGACCCUGUGGAAUUGGAUGUUCUCUCCCUGCCACAGCCCUUGUCAAUGAUAUUUCGCAGAGACCCUGGGAGCACCUGCUCGAGAAUCAGGGACAUACCACUAAAUGCAGGUUCCCAGGCCCUGGCUGCAGUGGGAGGACCUGGCAAGCUGCACUCUUGCUGAGUCCCCAGGGUGGUGGGGGAAGAAUGAGAAACACGAGCAGAGAAAUGGGGAGGUGACAGACACUGCCUGCACUCAGACUCCGGCAAGCAUGGCUCAGAGAGCGAACUCAAUGCCAUCCCUGCAGGGCCGUCCUGGGUACCAGUGGCGCUCACAGCAGCAAGACAGGCACCAGCAACCCACCUCAGGGGCACUCAGGCAACAUCUAAUUUAGAGCAGACAGGGUCCGUGAACUACAGCCGAGGGCUGCUUCCAAGCCACCCUGCUCUUGUAAAUAAAGUUUUAUGGGAACACA